AUGGCGGCGAACAUUAUUCCCGUGGCCAACGAGACGUUGAGCUCGUCCUCCAGGAUGACCAAGGAGGGCAAGAAGAUCACUUACCAGAUGCAAGUCAUCCAACAGCCAGAGCGUGCCAGAGCCUGUGGGUCCGGUGCGAAAUCUUCGGCUGACCGUCGCCCUGUGGACCCCCCUCCGAUCGUGGAACUGCGGGUUUUUGAAGGCGAAAACAGGCAAAACGACAUCACUUUUUCUUACAAUGCCAACUUUUUUCUUUUUGCAACCUUGGAAAAUGCCAGGUCUAUUGCCCAGGGACGCGUCGCCCCCACUCCGGCCACUUUCCCCGUCUUGACUGGUACUCCCGUUGCCGGGAUGGCCUACUUGGACCGUCCCACUCCUGCUGGCUAUUUCAUUUUCCCGGACCUUUCUGUCAGACAUGAAGGCAAAUACAGGCUGAGCUUCGCCCUGUAUGAGGAAUUGAAAGAGCACAAGGACAUGGACAGCGAGGACAGACAGGCGGAUCCCAUGCGUGGCUCUGCCGUUGACGCGCACGUUUCCCACAGACUGGAGGUUAAGUCCGCUCCCUUCAGCGUUUACAGUGCCAAGAAGUUCCCCGGUCUUACUGAGAGCACUGCUUUGAGCCGCAUGGUUGCGGAGCAGGGUUGCCGCGUUCGUAUCCGCCGUGAUGUGCGCAUGAGAAGGCGCGACAACAAGACGAAGGACGAAUGGGAUGACUACGAGGAAAAGACAGCGUACGAGAGACACAGGACGGCCACGCCGGACGCAUAUGGUCCGAACGCUGUUCACACGCCCCAGGCCAUGUCUGACGGUACGGACCGCCCGAGAUCGCAAAGCAAUGCCAGCAAUGUGUCAUUCGCACCGCCGCCGCGUCGCCCGUCGAUGCAGGACAUGGCCAACUCGUACCAGCAAGGAUACCAGGCCCAGAUGGCCCCGCCUCAGGCUCCUCAAAACCCUUACCCGCAGCAGAUGCAGUACCCGUCUGCACCAGCGCCUCAGUACCAAGGCCAAUAUGCGCCCUCGCAGCCUCAGUCGACCAUGCAGCCUCCUCAGCCUUCCUACAUGCAAUCUCACCACCAGCAAUGGCAGCAGCCGCCGGCCCAGAUGCCAAUGGCCCAGCCUUAUGGAUACGGGUCGAACCAACAGUACGGUCACUACGAGCAGCCGACCCAUGUGCGUCAUGAGAGCAUAGACUACAGUGCUGCGCCACCUGCCGAGUACCGCCGGGCGUCCAUGGCCGCACCACCCCAGGCCCCAAACCAGAUGAUGGCCCCUUUUGGGACCUUGGAUACGGGUUACAGCCGGCACCAACACCAGAUGAACCCGCCGGUCCAGCCCCUUCAGACCUCGCAGGCGCCGCACCACAACUCUACGUCUCAGGCGCCGAGCAGUUCGCAUUCGAUGAACGGUUUCUCUCUGGCUCCUUUGAAGACGCUACAGCCCCCGCCGGCCGAGAAGAUUGAGCCCAUGUCUCCCUCUUACCACAUGUCUGCGUCUGGUGUCCCUAUGGCCGGGACAGUGCCGACGCCCUCGGACCCCGUGCCUCCUCGUGGCUUCCCUAGCGCCAAGGUGUUUGACAACCAGCCGCUGUCUGCGUCGACGAAGAGGUCCUUUUCGGAGACGUUUGACACGAACCACAUCCAGCAACCACUCCGCCAGGGCGCCCGCCCAAACAUUGACAACCCGAUUCCGGAACCCGCGUUGACGGUGCUCGACGGUUCUGGCGAUGACGAAAUUCUCGACGAGCGCGCCAUGAGCUACCGCCGUGCCGAUGGCACGCACCGCAGCAGGCGCGUUCCCCUAGCAGGCUGA